AGGGGUCCAUGAUGAGAACCUGGGCUGGACUGUUGUGCUGCAGGAUGGAACAGAGGAGUAUGAGCUGGCAGGGUACGACUAUGUUCUAGAUCUCAUUGCAGAGAUGGAAAUGGCACCUGGAUUCCCUGUCUGCAAAUCAUUCUUUCUUGUAUCAUCAGAUAAAAUGGCGAGCAAUGCUGAGGAAGUGGACAUAUCAUUCUCAGACGUCCCCACCAAGGUUUCUCCACUGUUACAGGUUGGAGUAAGGGGAUAUCCACAUGAUGGCCCCAUAAAGCACACAGAAGUGUCCCAACAGUAUGUUCAUAACUUUGCUCAGUGGCAAGCUGCUGAUAAAGAGUCAGUGCCAGUCCAUGUGUCAGACACCAGCGACUAUCUGACAUACCAGGGAGAUUACAAACUACCCGUUCGUGAUUAUGGACUGCCACCUGCACCAGACUAUGGCGCAGAGGAUGGGCAGAGGUACAGCCAGGCCCCCGGGAGUCCAGCAUCGUCUUUAUCAACUCCUCAACACCAUGUAUCCAACAGGAGAAUGGGCAUGAGACCACAGAGAGAUGCAAGAAGCAGGCACAGGAGUGUUGGAGGCCGUUCUGUGGGGGGACAGUCUCUCCCCCAUAGUGAACUGUCCCAGUCUGGUCUUGAUGACUACCUGGACAGACUGUUCAAUCCUGUCUUGUCAGAUGACAGCUCUGAUCUUGGUGAUGCAGCUGGUAUGGGAGUGCACAUGAAGGGAGGUGGACAGGCACCUGCACCACCUGGAGCUGGAGGGACUACAGGAACAACCUCUACUACUCACAACAUGGCAGGGCAAAAUGUAGAUCUUACUGCAGCAAAUAGCAUGAUGGGAAUGCAACCAGGAGUAAUGGGAAUGGGACUCUUGCCAAGUAUGGGGCUAAUGCAAGGUGUGGGGAACCCAGCCUUGAUGCAGCAGGCCAUGCUUCAGCAGCAGGCUUACCUGGCACAACAGAUGAUGCUGGUUCUCUUCCUGUUAGUUCAUUAG